AUGGCGAGCCAACUUCUGAAUGACGCUGCGGAUGAUGAAGCACUUGUGCUGAGAAGGACUUUCAGACGGUUCCGGGACAGGCUGGCUUUUCCCACCAGUAUUACCUCCGUGCGCUUCGUGUUGUGUUUAGUUUGUGAACUUGAUCGCUGGAAUGCAUCAUGCGGUCUGGCCGGUGACGGCAGCGUCAGGGAGCGCAGCUGUCCGGCUGCGGGAGCCUCCUCCUCGGCUUACAGCACGCUGCCGGCGGGACCGGUCACCGGGGCAGGAACCAGGCCGGGCUCAGAUAUGGACGGUUCGGCUGCUGCAGAGGCGGAUCUGAAGGAUGAGGCGGGUUCUGGCGGAGGCUGCGGCUCCUGGAGGAGGAGACUGGGGAACUACAUCCCGCAGGAGACCCGCACGGAGCUGGUCCAGCUCUGCAAACUGGCGGGGCCGGUGGUAUUCUCCCAGCUGAUGAUCUUCCUGAUCAGUUUCGUCAGCAUGGUGUUCUGCGGCCAUCUGGGAAAGAUCGAGCUAGCAGGGGUGGCGUUGGCAAUUUCGGUUAUCAACGUCACCGGUAUUUCCAUUGGCUGCGGUCUGUCGUUGACCUGUGAUACCCUCAUAUCGCAGACGUAUGGGGGCGGUAACUUGAAGCGCGUGGGUGUGAUUCUCCAGAGGGGCAUUCUGAUUCUGCUGCUGGCCUGCUUCCCCUGCUGGGCCGUCCUCAUCAACACCGAGCCUCUCCUGCUCGCUUUCAGACAAAACCCAGAGGUCGCCAGACUUUCCCAGAUGUAUGUGAACAUCUUCAUGCCUUCCCUGCCGGCUGCUUUUAUGUACCAGCUGCAGGGACGAUAUCUCCAGAAUCAGGGAAUAAUAUGGCCUCAGGUUAUUACAGGAGCAACUGGAAAUAUCCUCAAUGCAAUAAUCAACUAUGUCUUCCUGUAUUUUCUGGAUUUGGGUGUUGCUGGUUCUGCAGCAGCCAAUGCCAUCUCUCAGUUCAUACUGGCCGUGCUCUUAUUUGUUUACAUUUGCCUGAGGGGUCUGCACAAAUCCACAUGGGGAGGUUGGUCAAUGGACUCUCUGCAGGAGUGGGGACCAUUCGUCCAGCUGGCCAUCCCCAGCAUGCUCAUGCUUUGUCUGGAGUGGUGGAUGUUUGAAAUGGGAGGAUUCCUGGCAGGUUUGAUCAGUGAGGUCGAGCUUGGAGCGCAGUCCAUUGUCUAUAUGCUGGCUACCAUCACUUUCAUGUUACCUUUAGGAUUCUCUGGAGCCGCCAGUGUCCGGGUUGGGACCGCUCUCGGUGCAGGAAAAGUCGAACAGGCGAAGCUAUCAUGCAAAGUCCCCGUCAUCGUUGGAUUCAUUAAUGCAUGUGUCGUUGGAGUGAUCGUUGUCAGCUCGAGAAAUGUCAUCGGAUACAUUUUUACCUCGGAUCCGGAGAUUUUACCGAGAGUUUCUGAGGUCAUAAUCAUAUUUUUCUUCAUGCAUCUUGCUGACGCAGUUGCGGGUGUCACCGGGGGCGUCCUCAGAGGAGCAGGGAAACCACUGGUUGGAGCUCUGUGUAAUCUGGUGGGCUACUACCUCAUUGGCUUCCCCAUUGGAGUGUCCCUGAUGUUUGCCGCCGGCAUGGGCAUUAUGGGACUCUGGACAGGAUUUACAAUUUGUGUGGUAAUGCAGUCGACUUUCUUCGUCAUAUAUCUGUCCAAACUUGAUUGGAAAAAGGUUUCAGAGGAGGCUCAAGUGAGGGCAGGAGUCCUGGUCAAAGAAGAGAAGGAGAUGGUGCGAAUAGAAAACGGAGACAGCAAUCGCAGCCAGAGCCAGGUCAACGUAACACCGGCCGGGUGUGAUGAGGAGAACCACGCGGACGACGAGGAGGUUCCUGGUCCGGACCAGAAUAAAACCAGCACCCCCACGACAGUGGGGGAUGUUUUGUCAGUGAGGCAGCUGGUUGUUCGGCGAGGCCUGACUUUGCUGCUCAUGGUCCUCAUCCUGGCUGUCGGGAUCGUUGCAUCUAUAUUCCUCACCCGUCUGCUGCAGUGACUCCUCCGUUGAUGUGAAGCUGCUGGUCAGAGGGAUGAUCGUCAGGUCUGAUGGCUCAAAGCUUCACCGAAUGAUGUUUCUCUUAACGUUGGAUCACUUCUCCAUGAGAAAGGCUCACCUGUCCUGCUGAGAACCAACAGCUGGCAGCUUUUGCACAGUCUUUAUACAACAAGAGCUGUAUCAGAUCAGAUGAUAAGGCUGGUAAAGCCAAAGAAAUCCAGAAAUAUUGUUGAGGGCUUUAACUAGAUGUUCUGGUUCCGUUACAUGAACCUUACAUAGGCCUUCUGGGUUAUAAAAUCCACAAUAAUUUCAAUGAAAGUCAGGCUGCAAAACUGCUUAAUGCUACUUUUGUGAAAAAUGCAGCAACUUUCUCUUGUUUUUUUUUUAGUUUGUGGUAGGAGCUAUCUCAUAGCAGCUGCAGCUCGGGCUGCACAGCAGCAAAAGCAGUCUGCUACCCUUCAAGUCCAUGGGAUUCUUUGUUGAAUCACACCAGAUCCCACCUGGACUCCAUCAGAUCGUAAAUUGGAGACUUGUGAUUAGAGUUUAUAGUGUAUCUUUGCUGUGCUUGGAACACAGCAACGGCGCAGAAAUGCAGCCAAAGAAAACCCUGCUGUGAAUGUCCAUCUAUCA